AUGAAGUCCUGCGUUGUAGCCGCUGCCUGCGUGGCCGGAGCCCAAGCCUUCGUGGCACCCAGCGCGUUCAAGGGCGCCGCCGUCGCCACCCCGGCCAAGUCGUCCUCGGCCAUGAAGAUGUCGUUCGAGUCGGAGAUCGGCGCGCAGCCCCCCCUCGGAUUCUGGGACCCGCUCGGCCUCCUCGAGGACGCGGACCAGGAGCGGUUCGAGCGCCUCCGAUACGUGGAGGUGAAGCACGGCCGCAUCGCCAUGCUCGCCAUCGCCGGCCACCUCACCCAGCAAAACACCCGCCUGCCCGGCAUGCUCUCCAACUCGGCCGACCUCUCCUUCGCGGACAUGCCCAACGGCGUCGCCGCUCUCUCCAAGAUCCCCCCGGCGGGCCUCGCCCAGAUCUUCGCGUUCAUCGGCUUCCUCGAGCUGGCCGUGAUGAAGAACGUGGAGGGCUCCUUCCCCGGAGACUUCACCCUCGGCGGCAACCCUUUCGGGUCGUCGUGGGACGCCAUGUCGGAGGAGACCCAGGCGUCCAAGCGCGCUAUCGAGCUCAACAACGGCCGCGCGGCGCAGAUGGGCAUCCUGGCCCUGAUGGUGCACGAGGAGCUCAACAACAAGCCGUACGUCAUCAACGACCUCCUCGGCGCGGGCUACACCUUCAACUAAAAGUGCUUCUGCACGGAGGGCGUCAAGGCGCCCCUUGAUGCGCUUGUGUUUCGGUUCAUUGUUUUAGGCGGGCAUGAUGUUUGUUGAGUGAUUCUCGAGAGUUGGAUGCUGUUGAGAGAAAAGCUUCCUUGUGUCCUUGAUGUGCAUAUUACGAUUAGACAAGGAGAUGAGAAGCUGAAUGAAAACUCGAAAUCCAUUUGUUAGAGAUAGAUGGCCGCCUAAAGUUUUUCCUCUUUUGCCAAGUGGCCGAAGGAGUUUUUUGUUGAAAUAACGCUAAAGGGUUUUGACGUUGUUGUGUUUGCUGUUGCGUUGCAUCAAGUUCUACCUGAUUUGUAUCGGUAUCUGAAGGGUCCUCGGAAGGGAAG